AUCGUACGUUUCACCGGGGAACCAUCUAUGGUCUCCAUGGCGGCGGCCAAGCUCGCCGUCCUCCUGGCCGUGGCGGCACUCUUCGCCGUGGCGGAGGCAGCGAAUCCCCAGGAAGCCCACUGCUGGCAGUGCUACUACUCCUGCAUGCAGCAGAAGUGCGGCGGCUACCGCAACCCAGCCGCCCACACAGCCGUCGACGACGGUACGGCGGCCGCCUCCGUCCCCCUCAACUCCACCGACGGCACCACAGCCGUCGUGCACCCCGCCGAUGGUGGUGCAGCCGCCCACGUCGCCGGUGGGUACGAGAGCUACUGCAAGUGCAACAAGGCGUGCAUCCUGGACUGCUACAAGGCCCUGCCGCCGGUGUGCUACCAGAUGUGCGUCUCCGAGACCUGCUCCAAGCUGCCACCAUGUAAGCAGGCGGAAUGCUACAAAGCAUGCGGGGACAAAUGCUACCACAAGCAGCCAAGCCCGGGCCCGAAGCCGCCAAGCCCGAAGCCGAACCCAGGCCCGAAGCCGCCAAGCCCGAAGCCCACUCCGCCAAAGCCCGCACCUCCGAACCACGGUGGUUCACCGAAGCCCACGCCGCCAAAGCCCACACCUCCGAACCACGGUGGUUCACCGAAGCCCACGCCGCCAACCCCGCCGAAGCGGCCGUGCCCUCCUCAUGCGCCCAAGCCCAAGCCCAAGCCCAAGCCGUGUCCGCCAAAGCCCAAGCCCAAGCCGCCAUGCCCAUGCCCGCCAGCGGCCGAUGUAUCCGCGUCGACCGACAUCAGCAACAACUGA